AUGUAAGUACGGCAGCUGAAUGUGAACGGGUCGUGAGAAGAUUUGGCUUGUUUCACAUGACUUUUAACAUAUUUAAAUUUUUCGUGUUGGAAACAUGGCUUGCUUCUUUAGAAAAAGAAUUGCAGCGAAGCUUGGGAGAACGCUGCAGCAAUCUGAUGAUGUGUUUAUACCAGCUCUGGCAGCAAUUCCCGUUCUGAAGAAACAGCAGCCUGCUGACUUUAAACUGUCGCUCAGCACAUUAAGAAUCAACGGAAUUUUACCAUCACGUGGAGACAUUCAGCUGCAAACAGAUAACUUGGCCUCUCAGUUGAAACAGGACAGUGUGGUGGAAGACAUCUCUGCUGGAUGUGGAGUGAUCAACUUUAAAGUUAAUCGCAGACUUCUCGCUGAGAAAUUGUUGGAGCCAUUUGGAAAAGGAGAGGAUGAGAAGUUUGGGUUAAAUAGUGAACUUUUUAAUACUCUUAAGAAAGGAACAACAUUAGUGGAGUAUAGCUCUCCAAAUAUUGCCAAAAAGUUUCAUGCUGGACAUUUGCGUUCUACAAUUAUUGGCAACUUCAUUGCUAACCUGAAAGAAUCCCUUGGAAACAAUGUUAUUAGAAUGAACUACCUCGGAGAUUGGGGCAUGCAGUUUGGUUUGCUGGGAGCUGGGUUCGGUCAGUUUGGAUGUGAGGAGAAAUUAAAAGAAAAUCCCUUACAGCAUUUGUUUGAGGUUUAUGUUCAAGUCAAUAAGGAAGCAGAAUGCAAUGAAGAUAUAAAGAAGGCUGCAAGAAACUUCUUUAAACAGCUGGAGCAGCAUGAGAGCCAAGCUGUGUCGUUAUGGCAACAGUUCAGAGAGAUCACAGUGAAGGAGUAUCAGCAUGUUUAUAAGCGGUUAGGGGUCCACUUUGACAUUUACAGCGGGGAAUCAUUUCAUCAAGCCCAAGCCCAGGAGGUGGGGCAGCAGCUGCAGAGCCAAGGACUGUUGAAAACCUCAGACAAGGGGACCGGUGUGGUUGAUCUCUCCCCUGAUGGAGACAUGAGCAGCGUCUGUACUUUACUCCGGAGUGAUGGUACAACUCUCUACAUCACCAGAGACAUCGCAGCAGCUAUUAGCCGAAAAGAAAAUUACUGUUUUGAUGAGAUGAUUUAUGUGACGGACAAAAGUCAAAAGCACCACUUCUACCAGUUGUUCCACAUUCUGCUUGCUAUGGGACAUUCUUGGGCUGGCAGGUGUCAGCAUGUGUCCUUCGGUCUGGUUCAGGGCAUGAAGACAAGGACUGGAGACGUGGUUUUCCUAGAGGAUGUGCUGGACGAAGCUCGAAUGAGAAUGCUCCACAACAUGAGGCAGUCAAACACCACAAAGGAACUUGAAAACCCAGAGGACACGGCCGAGAAAGUAGGAAUCAGUGCACUCAUAGUCCAGGACUUCAAAGGUCCCCUGCAGUCCGAUUACAAGUUUGACUGGGACCGGAUGCUGCAGGCUCAGGGCGACACGGGCGUUUUCCUUCAGUACACACAUGCUAGACUCUGCAGUUUAAUGCAAAGGAAUAAAGAUGUGGCGGCAGCAACGUUUGACCCGUCUCUUCUGCAUGAGCAGACAUGUGUCACCAUCCUGCAGCACCUCCUUCGUUAUGAUGAGGUGUUGUAUCAGUCGGCUCAGGAUCUGCAACCAAAACACCUUGUGAACUUUUUACUGAAGCUGUGUCACUUUAUUGCUUCAGCACACAGAGAGCUGCCGGUGAAAGGAAGCCCGCUGGAUAUUGCACAGGCAAGAUUACAACUGUUUAGUGGUGCCUGCUCAGUCCUGGCCAAUGGGAUGAGAAUCCUGGGCAUCACUCCGGUUAAUAAAAUGUGAAACUAGCUUUUAUUAUUGUUGUAGGUACCAUACUAUAACCAUGUUAUAGUGAUAUGUAUUGUACACAAAAAGCCUCCUAUCCCUUUUUUAUUUUUUUUUUAAUAAAAUUAUCUUUCUUUGUUAAAGUCAA